AUGCCCAGGCCCCGCCCCCUGCUGCUCGCCGUCCUGGCCGCGGCGCUCGCUGACGUCACCGCCGCCGCCGCCGCGGGCCCCGCCCCUCGCCCCGCCCCCCGGCCGCCCAACUUCCUGCUCAUCAUGGCCGACGACCUCGGCAUCGGCGACCUCGGCUGCUACGGCAACGACACGCUCAGGACGCCGCACCUCGACCGCCUGGCCCGCGAGGGGGUGAAGCUGACCCAGCACCUGGCGGCCUCCCCGCUCUGCACCCCCAGCCGCGCCGCCUUCCUCACGGGGCGCUACCCGCUGCGCUCAGGUGACCCCGCCCCGCGACCCCCGCCUGACCCCGCGACCCCGGGGACAGGAAGUAGCUUUAGGGGAACAGGAAGUGACCCCGGGGGGACAGGAAGUGACUUUAGGGGAACAGGAAGUGACCCCGGGGGGACAGGAAGUGACUUUAGGGGAAAAGGAAGUGACCCCGGGGGGACAGGAAGUGGCUUUAGGGGAAAAGGAAGUGACCCCGGGGGGACAGGAAGUGACUUUAGGGGAACAGGAAGUGACCCCGGGGGGACAGGAAGUGGCUUUAGGGGAACAGGAAGUGACCCCGGGGGGACAGGAAGUGACUUUGGGGGAACAGGAAGUGACUUUGGGGGAACAGGAAGUGACCCCGGGGGAACAGGAAGUGACAUUGGGGGAACAGGAAGUGGCUUUGGGGGAACAGGAAGUGACCCCGGGGGGACAGGAAGUGGCUUUAGGGGAACAGGAAGAGACUUUGGGGAACAGGAAGUGACAUUGGGGGAACAGGAAGUGGCUUUGUGGGAACAGGAAGUGACCCUGGGGGGACAGGAAGUGACAUCAACCCCCACACACCGCGACUCUAGCGGCCGGGCGGUGACGUCACGCACACAGGAAGUGACCCCCGGCCCCGACCCGCCCCGCCCCGCCCCGCCCGCAGGGAAGUGGCACCUGGGCCUGAGCUGCCGCGCGGCCACCGACUUCUGCCACCACCCCCUGCGCCACGGCUUCGACCGCUUCCUGGGGGUCCCGACCACCAACCUGCGCGACUGCCGGCCGGGGGCGGGCACCGUGUUCGGCCCCGCCCUGCGCUGGUUCGUGGCCCCGCCCCUGGCGGCGCUGGGGGCGGCGCUGGCGGCCAUGGCGGCGGCGCGAUGUCAUCUGGUGACCCCCGGCCCCGCCCACAGGAACCGGGCCCGCCCCUUCCUGCUCUUCCUCUCCUUCCUCCACGUCCACACCGCCCACUUCGCCGACCCCGGGUUCGCGGGGCGGAGCCUGCACGGGGCCUACGGCGACAGCGUGGAGGAGAUGGACUGGGGCGUGGGCCGCGUGCUGGCGGCGCUGGACGAGCUGGGCCUGGCCCGCGAGACGCUCGUCUACUUCACCUCCGACCACGGGGCCCACGUGGAGGAGCUGGGGCCGCGCGGGGAGCGCAUGGGCGGCAGCAACGGCGUCUUCCGGGGCGGGAAGGGCAACAACUGGGAGGGCGGCGUCCGCGUCCCCGGCCUCGUGCGCUGGCCCCGCGAGCUCCGCCCCGGCCGCGUCGUCGAGGAGCCCACGAGCCUCAUGGACGUCUUCCCCACCGUGGCGCGGCUGGCGGGGGCGGAGCUGCCCGGAGACAGGGUGAUUGACGGCCGGGACCUGAUGCCGCUGCUGCGCGGCGACGCCCAGCGCUCGGAGCACGAGUUCCUGUUCCACUACUGCAACGCCCACCUGCAGGCCGUGCGCUGGCGCAACGGUGGGCGCGGGGUCCCGGGGGCGGGCGGGCGGGGCCGGGGCGCGGCGCUUCCUGUUCUGCCCCCCGGGGUCGGAG